CCCAGUUAACGCGAAGGCAGACUGAUGAUCCAGCUGCUGUGCGUGUGAGUGUGUGCGCGCUGACAUGGAUACAACUGGCGUUGGGUGUUGAAAACUGGACACAGUGUUGCGGUGACACUGGGGGGACUUCAAAGGAGCGGUCAAAACUUCUUCCACGGCCGCACUCAUGUGAUUUUGAGCCAUGUCCAAGAGCCUGAAGAAGAGGAAGAACCACUGGACUAACAAAGUCCACGAGAGUGUCCUUUGCAGGAAUGAGGAGGGGGAGCUGGGGCUCGAGUUGAAGGGCGGCGCGGAGAACGGACAGUUCCCGGUUAUCGGCGCGCUUCUCCCGGACGCAGCGGCGUGCCACAGCGGCAAACUCUUCCAGGAUGAACUCCUGCUGGAAGUCAACGACACCCCGGUGGCCGGACUCACCACCAGGGACGUGCACGCCGUGGUCAAACACAGCAAAGACCCGGUCCGACUCAAGUGUGUCAAACAAGGGGGCGUGAUAGACAAGGACCUGCGCCACUACCUCAACCUGCGCUUUCAGAAAGGCUCGGUGGACCACGAGCUGCAGCAGAUCAUCCGGGACAACCUCUACCUCCGCACUGUCCCCUGCACGACCAGGCAGCCCAAGGAGGGAGAGGUCCCGGGGGUGGAUUAUAAGUUCGUGACCAUUGACCGCUUUAUGGAGUUGGAGAAAAGUGGAGCCCUGCUAGAGAGCGGAACGUAUGAAGAUAACUUCUACGGCACCCCGAAGCCUCCGGCCGAGCCCAGCGCUCUGCUGCUAAAUGUAACGGACCAGCUGCUGCCGGGCGCCAGACCCACCUCCGAGGGCAAGAGGAAGCGUAACAAGUCGGUCAGCAACAUGGAGAAAGCCGGCAUCGAGCCCCCCGAGGAGGAGGAGGAGGAGAGACCCGCCAUCAACGGCAACGGCGUCGCUGUCACCCCAGAGUCGAGCGAACAUGAGGACAAGAGCACAGACGCCUCGGGGGACAUCGCCCCGCAGAGCAUCCCAGCAGAGGCCCCACCUGAGGCGCCCAAAGAAGACGGACAGUCCCCGAAAAUGACGCUACCCAAACCAGAGGAGAACGACGAGCUAGGUCCACUGCCGGACAACUGGGAGAUGGCAUACACAGAGAAAGGAGAGGUGUACUUCAUAGACCACAACACCAAGACAACAUCGUGGCUGGACCCGAGGCUAGCCAAGAAGGCAAAGCCGCCCGAGGAAUGCAAAGAGGAUGAGCUUCCGUACGGCUGGGAGAAAAUCGAUGACCCCAUUUACGGCAGCUACUAUGUUGACCAUAUAAAUAGAAGGACCCAGUUUGAGAACCCAGUCCUGGAGGCUAAAAGGAGACUCCAGCAGCAGCAGCAGAUGCAAAGCCAGGGUCUGUCCUCACUGCCCCUUCCCACCAUCUACAGAGAGAAGCCGCUGUUCACGCGGGACCCCACUCAGCUGAAAGGCAGUUUCCUGUCCACAUCACUCCAAAAGAGCAACAUGGGCUUUGGCUUCACUAUAAUCGGAGGAGACGAGCCGGACGAAUUCCUCCAGGUCAAGAGCGUUAUCCCCGAUGGGCCUGCCGCAGCUGACGGAAAGAUGGCCACAGGUGACGUCAUUGUCUACAUCAACGACGUGUGUGUCCUGGGCACCACCCACGCUGACGUGGUCAAACUCUUCCAGUCGGUGCCAAUCGGCCAAAGCGUCACCCUCGUCUUGUGCCGUGGCUACCCUUUGCCCUACGACCCGGAGGAAGCCGGCAACACCAGCAACAACACCACCACUACCAUCCUCUCCCCGCUGGGCAUCAUGGAGCAGCGGCCCAUCAUGGUGAACGGCCGGACGGGCUACGACAACUACCUGGACUAUCUCUCCCGCACGGCCCGCUUCAUCACAGACCCCGGCCAGGACCAGGUGAACGCCCAGCAGCAGCUUCUCACCCCUCACCCGGGUGACACCCACCUGGACGGCUCGCUUCCUCCCACCACCGGCACCACGCCUCCCGACAGCGUCUCCAUGGCGUCGUCGGGGGCCACCCAGGGGGAACUGCUGACCCUGACCAUGGUGAAGGGCGGGGAAGGUUUCGGCUUCACCAUCGCGGACAGCGCGACGGGCCAGCGGGUCAAACAGGUGCUGGAGCCUCAGGGCUGCCCAGGCCUGUGCGAGGGCGACCUGAUUGUGGAGAUUAACAAGCAACACGUGCAGGGAUUCGUACACACCCAGGUGGUGGAGCUCCUCAAGGAGUGUGCCGUGGGAGCAGAGACCAUCCUGGUGGUUCAGAGGGGUGGAACAGGUCACUAUUCACCCUGGAAGACCCCUAAGCAGGUGCUGGAGCAGUGGGAGUCCCAGCAGGGCCAGGGCAUCCCUGCACAGACCAGCCUGUCAGCCCCAGUUAUCCCCCACCACGCCCCCUUCCCAACCCACCAUCUUCACAGGGCCUCGGUCCCAGACUCAGCCACCGAGGCCUUGGCCCUGGCCCUGGCUAAACCAGACCCCUAUGACCUUUAUGAGAAGUCCAGGGCUAUCUAUGAGAGUAGGCAACCUGGCCAACCAAGGACCGUUUUUCCUGUGGACUCCUCAGCAGCGGAGUACCAGGACAUGGAGGUGCACCUGCGCAGACAGAAGUCCGGCUUCGGUUUCCGGGUGUUGGGCGGGGACGAGGCCGGGCAGCCUGUGAGUCCGGAGACGCGUGAGAAGAUUUUGAUCGGGGCGAUCAUCGAGAAGAGUCCAGCAGACGUAGACGGGCGCUUGCGGCCCGGCGAUGAGCUGCUGUUUGUGGACGGGAUCCCGGUGGUGGGGAAGCCACACAGAUACGUCAUCGACUUGAUGCACGGGGCGGCGCGCAACGGCCAGGUGAAUCUGGUCAUCAGGAGGAGGGUGCAGGGAGCAGGUGAGUCCUGUCCGGAGAACGGCCGUAGCCCGGGCUCCGUCUCCACGCAGCACAGCUCCCCACGCAGUGACUUCACUUACGCCAACAGCACCGGCACUACCCAGGCGCCCAACGCCGCCAUGGGCAAUGCCGCCGCCACUUCAGACAGGACGCCGGCCGCCAACGCGCAACCCAGCGAUGUCAUCAUCAAUCGAAAGGAGAGCGAAGGCUUCGGCUUUGUUAUCAUCAGCUCGCUCAACAGGCCCGAGGCAGCCGCCAGCAACACUGUGCCCCAUAAAAUUGGCCGCAUCAUCGAGGGCAGCCCGGCCGACCGCUGCGGGAAGCUGAAGGUGGGGGACAGGAUCCUGGCAGUGAACAGCCAGUCCAUCGUCAACAUGCCGCACGCCGACAUCGUUAAGCUGAUCAAGGAUGCGGGCCUCAGCGUCACCCUGAGGAUCAUACCGCAGGAAGAGAUCAGUAAUCCCCCAUCAGCCCCCAGCUCAGAGAAGCAGAGCCCCAUGGCCCAGCAGCACAGCCCCAAGACCCAGCCAGGCGCCGCUGCCUCGCACCCCAACCCAGCGGUCACAGAACCCAACCCUUCUGUCGGCCAGCCCAACCCGAUGCCUCACCAGAGCCCCGUGACCCAGCUGCCCGCCCCUCCGCCUCAGACCUACCCCCACGAGAGCAGUUACAGGUCAGAGGUGAAGGCGAGGCAAGAUGUUAAACCAGACAUCAGACAGCCGCCGUUCACAGAUUACCGACAGCCGCCGGUGGAUUACCGGCACCCUCCUGUAGCGGACUACAGGCAGCCCCCCACGUUGGACUACAGACACCCGCCACUGCUGGACUACAGACAGCUAGCUACCGACACCAGGCAGUUCCUGCCAGACUACCGAAUGCCACCAGUCCAAAUAACGUCGACUCUAAGGGCAUCUGAUCUCUGCUCGUCCCAGCUCUCACAGGACUUUGACUUCUUCACGGUAGAGCUGGAGAAAAGUGUGAAAGGUUUUGGUUUUAGCAUCCGCGGAGGACGGGAGUACAAGAUGGACCUGUUCGUCCUACGACUGGCCGAGGACGGACCGGCCAUCCGUAACGGGAGGAUGAGGGUCGGGGACCAAAUCAUUGAGAUCAAUGGAGAGAGCACCCAGAACAUGACCCACGCCCGGGCCAUCGAGCUGAUCAAGUCUGGAGGCAGGCGCGUGCGUCUUCUCCUGAAGAGGGGCACAGGGCAGGUCCCAGAGUACGAUAAUGCCGUCCCAUGGGAUGCUCGCCCUUCAGCCUCCCCAAGCCUGUCGGAAGUAGCCCCUCCCAUCGACAGCCUUUCCAUGCCAUCGCCUUCAUCUCAUCUGGCCCCCGACCCGCCUCACCUGCCGCCUCUGGACGUCCCGCGAGACCAGGUGGCACGAGACAGCAGGACGGAGCGUUCAAAGAGCCCCCAGAAGGCCGAGCUGCUGAGUCCAGAUCCGAUCGGCCAGGGGAGGAGAGCGGCUUCAACCGGCGGGAGUGGCAGAGCCAAGAAGGAGGGUGGCAGGUCCACCCACGUGGGACACAGAGUCCAGCCCACUACUGAGGGGGAAGUGGGCAAGGAGGGGCAGAGCGGGGAGCCCAAACCUUCCAGGACCACCAGAGGGAGGUCCAAGGAGAGAAGUACCGGGGACGACAGAGAAUCCACCGAAUCUACCAGCAGCUCCAAGCUCCCGCACACCAACGGGAACAGCGUCAUAGACGUGGAACGGUACGGCGGCGGGCAGCAGCAGCAGGUGGACUCGGAGCAGAGCAGGACCAGGCCCAGGCAGCCGGACAGGGGCCUGGGAGAGAGCCGGCCCAGCCUGCCCAGCAAGAGCACGGCCGGCAGCGCGGCGGGGAGGAAGGCCACGGUCUCUCCCGGGCCUUGGAAGAUCCCCGGAUCAGACAAGCUGCCCAGCACACUGCGCACGGGCACGUCCACGCUGAGCAGAUAACACCGCGGCUCCAGCAGAAUGCAGCGGCCACAUCUGGACGAAACCACCACACCUUCCUGUGCUCCUUCAUUCCCCCCCACCCCCCGACCCCCUCCAUCCCGUUCUCCCACAGAGUCAGGACCAAAGGGGGGACAGGGUGAUCUGGACCACGUGUUUUUAGAGUUUUAUUUAUGAUACUGUACUCUAAAUUAUUUUGAGAAAUAUUUUACACCCACCACCUUAAGAACUGGAGAAUCAUCCACUUUUUAAAAAAAAGUAAUGGAAGAGCAAGUAGAAUGUGUGUUCAAGGGACGCAAACCUUAAAAGAACUAUAUUUUGAUUUCCCCCCCGAGCAGAACUGGGGGACAAAACAUGCAAACACAAAACACCUGACAGGAAGCAGCUGUCGACUGGAUCUCUGUCUCUCUUCACGACGGAGUCUUGUUUUAUGAAAUGGAAUGUUGAAAAGAAGGUUUGCCUGUUUUUUGACGAGAGCGAAUGGAUCAAAGAGUGACAGCAGAGAUGAACUCAACAGAACUUUGCCUUAACAGAGACUGAAUGGGCCUGAAUCCAUCUUGAAUAAUCCAUCAGAUGAUUACAGACAUAGAUAUAUUAUAAUGAAUAUGUGGGAUCAUUUUUGUAAAUAAGAUCAUCUUUUAAGCGACCUGGAUGGAAAAUCUAGUCCGAUGCUGAGACGAGCCAAACGGUGCCGCGCGGACCAGAACUUCCACCACGCCGACGUCUCCCUUUUCUACUCUCCCGUUCAGCCCUGUGAUUACAGUGUGGGGUCUCAGCAGGCCUGCUGCUGCUGCUGCUGCUGUUGACUUCACGAUCUUUCUGCGCUUGAAUCAUCCCGAGUUCAGCGGGGGUGUCAUGCCAAUCCAUUUUCCUCAUUCCUGUGCUUAACGAACAAAAGGCGAUCCGCGGCGGGGGUGGCGUCCGGCCGGACGCCGAGAGAAGGCGCUCGCGUGAUACCGACCGAGGGGCAGAGUGCCUUAGACUGACAGAGAGGUUGGCUUUUAAGUCAAAAGGUUCAACUCCAAACCACUUAAGAGGGUCAAAACAGGCUGCUAUACCACAUCCACUUCACAGAUAUAAAUAAUAAACUGUAUUUUUUCAGAUUCGAGUGUGAUACGGUGAAAUACAGGAUUUAUUUCACAAGCUUACGUGUGGAAAUAAGUCCAUUGACAGAGCUAUCGAUGGUCUAUAUGUGCAAGUGCUUCAUUUCAGUGUCGUUGUCAUUGCUGGUUUCUUAAUGAGGUCUGACUUUAGUCAUUUCCAUGAAGAGUCUCUCAUAAGAGAUGCACCCAAAGUCCAAAACAAACUCAAAUCUGAUAUCGAUCUCACUUCGUCAGAAGCUUGCUCGUCUAACAACCUUUGACCUGAUGAACCAACGCAGUCCAUUUGAAAAUGAAACGUUUCUGUUAUUUCCAGAGAACAGGUCUGAUUUGUUUUAAGUGAUUCUUAGCUCCCUGUGGAUGAGAUACAGGGCGCUUUGGCUUAAAUGUGAAGUUUUACAUUUUUAUACAACCUGUCCAUUGACAUUUCGCUAAGCCCUGCCCCUCCCCCUGAGAUACUGCUGCUUGUCAGGCUUUCCAUUCUGGCACAAGGGAGGAAGAUUUCCUACUCAGAAAGUCUCAGUGAGAUUUGAAACAAAGAGUCCUUGAUUUCAGACUGAAGUAAACAAAAGCAGCUUCUGAUCUCCAGCUGGUGUCGGCUGAAAGGACGACUCACACUGAUCACAUCAGAUGUAGCUUUCUAGAUAAUAAGAGUUGUCUCCGGACGACUCUCUGACAUUUCUAGCUGACUCAUUUUAAAAAAAAGUCAGUCUUAAAUAUCCACUUGAUGCUACAUUCAUGGAGUUGUGGUAAAAGAGGGUCAAGCGACAUAUCCCAGGCAAAAGGUUAGCAUCCUCACCAAUUGAUCUACUUAUUGCAAAGAAUAACUCAUUAGAUAUGAUAAUAAACAAUGUAAGAUCAGUUAUUUGAGUCUAAAUAACACCGUGUGGUUGUUUAGCCUCCGGAGUGUCCCAGGAGAAAGGUCUUUUAGGAUGAGGACUAAGUGAAGAAGUUGGUAAAGCUAAUGCUCUCAGGUGAUGCUGGCUGGUGAACUUAAUUAAUCAAAUCAACAGAUUUGCAGGACAAUGAACCAGCGAGUGAACUAGUGAGCGGGACAUGCUGCAGGUGUUAGCAUGUCCUGCUCACUAGUUCUCUUCAGCUCCUGGGAUUUCAGUUUUGGAAAUAUAAAACCGAUUUAAACUCUUAAUUUGCUGAGACUUCAGCCGCAUGCACACGGCUUACAUCCCAAAAAGCUCUGCAGUGCCUAGUUACAGUUGCUAAGCUGUGAUUGAACACUUGAUGUUCGGGGCGGGGGGGGGUUUAAAACAAACUGUCAAUUUUGAGAUCAACAAAUCUUUUCACAGCGUCCGUAUCCUCUCUGCAGAUCUGAAAAUUGCCUGCCAAUCUUUCCCCUCUGAAUGAGACGACAUCAACAGGAGAGAGGAAAGAGCCAUAACACCAGAACAAAGGGUUCCUCCUCCUCCACUGCUGAGAGAAGUGCAAACAGUGUUUAAGGAAUGAAAGAGCAAAGGGAGACCGGUCAUUAUGUUUGCCAUUGUGAUCCGUAAUUACACAAUGAAUAAGCGGGCUGACUUUAAAGCACAAUCUCUCUCAGACGGUUUGGGAAUUAUUAAGGCGGAGAAAAAUCAUCAGCCAGGCACAAACAGCUCAGACCUUCAGUCACUUUUAGAGGGUGUGCAGGGGCAGCGUCACUAAACGAGGCCCAGAAGUACGUUGUUCCAUCCGUCAGACUGAAUGCUGCCUGCAUACUGUGUCAUCGUGCAUCAUCUGACUGGACUUCUUCUUCAUUUUAUGUUUGAAGCAGAAAAAAAAGAAAACGUGCGUAUGUUUGCUCAACCUUUGCACAACUCACUGCUUCCCACAUCUGAGCUGUCUCCAUUCAAACACAUUGUAAGUAGUUUGCUACGGAAAGCAACAAAAAAAAAAAAACAUCUAGCGGUGUAAAAAAACAAAGUGUGUUGAACUAACGGCACUAUAAAGUCCCACCCAAGCGGCUCAGUAUCACUGUGUAGUGUUAUAGCAGUGUAUAGACCCUGAAGAAAUAUCUCUAUAAAUAUGACUCCGUGUACUAUCGAUGGUCACAAAGACUGUAAGUGGAGCAACUAUUUUUAUGAAAUGCAACACUAUGGAUAUAUUAACUUUUGCAAAAAUCUUGUUUACCUGUAUGAUAUUCUGAAACGCUGUCAAAAUAAAAGAAACUCUUGACACGA